CACCAGCAUUUAGGCCUACCAGGUCAAGGUCGCUACCAGGAAAGUGUGUACCAGAUUUGUGUACAUUUCUACAGUGUGUGUCUUCCUCCAAACCUGAAACCCUAACUCCUGGUGAUAAGGACAAAAUAUGGGUGAAAAUGACGUAAUAUAUGUAGAUCUAUUGAAGGGAGACUCUGGCCUUGGCUUUAACAUCAGAGGUGGAGUAGAUGCUCAAUACAUUCCUGGUGACAAUGGCAUCUUUAUCACUAAAAUCAGGGAAAAGGGGGCCGCUGCAUCCAAUGGUCAGCUGGAGGAAGGAGACAAAAUCUUAGAGAUAAAUGGAAAAAAUGUUUUAUCUAUAACGCAUGCCCGAGCUGUGGCUCUUUUUCAAGCUUGUGGUGAAAAAGUGUCUUUGAAGGUACAGCAGAGAGCAGAAUCAAACAUAUUGGCAAAAGCAGUUGCGCGGAGUAUACAAAACAUGGAUGUGGAUCCAUUUAGUGAAAAUGACCCUGGUGCAAAAGAUACGCCUAUCAUCAAAUACGUUCUCAUAGGAGCAGCAGUAGGAAUUAUUGGUUUAGGGAUGAUAUUUGCCAUCAAGAAAUUUAGGAGAUGAAAAUGAGAGAUUUAUCUGGAGAUUUUGUUGAUUUUGCCUGUGGUGAAGAUUCAAUUUUGUUAUGCCGUAGUGUCCUCCCAAUGGCGUGGUCCACUUUCAUAGGGAGGAUUGUUAAAGGUCCAGUGGCAUUAUUAAGGGUAUCAUUGCAAGCUGUGAGUGGCCCAGUCACCUUCCAUUCUGCAGUAAAUUGCACAUCAAAUGGAAAUAUUCAAAAUCUGACUGAAUAUUCACGCUGGCGGUAUUCUGAUUUUAAUCCUAAGCGGGCCUCCUCCCAGCUGAUUUCGACGCUUCCUAGGUGCAAUAAUGUGAUUUUAUAUUGGAGAGGAGUGUAUUAUGGGCAUUGAAUGCUUUUUUUCCAUUUUGUCGGACAAAAGCCAAAAAUUUAACUCUCAACAUAGUUUCUUCACAAAUCAAUAGUUUCUUCCAUUUUUAUUAUUUCAAGUAAUGAUGUCACACCCUGCAGACAAACAUGGAACCUUGAUAGCCCAAACGCAGUAGAGCAGUGAACCAGCAAUCCAAAGGUUUGUGGUUCUAAUCCCAUUCAAGGCAACUUGAUUUGACUGCACUUUCAUUCAUUAUUUCAAGCUCCACUCCAAACACUUGUUAGCUUGGCAAACUGAUUUAAGUACCGUUUCCAAAUGCAGCUUCAAAAUUUAUCUGAAUCUGAACAGUGUUUUACUUUUGAUUUUAUAUUUUUGUUAGACUUUGAAAUCUGUGAUUUGUUUUGUUCUUAUUUCAAUUAUUUUUAAGCAUGCUCAUAGGACUAUGAAAAAAUUCACACAAUUAUGAAAUACUGUCAUGAGAAUUUGAUUGUUUCAGAUAUAGCCUGGUAUGAUAUUACGAUGAAAUUGAAAAAACAGUGAAAUGUGUGUCUGUUCAUGUAACUAAAAGAAUUUUAUUUCAUGGGUAGUUCGUCUUGAGAAAAGUUGAAAUUGUUAUAGAAAUGGAGAUUUGUAUGUACAUGUAAUGUCUUGGUUUGUUCAAUUAUCAUGUUUUAACACUGUUACUGUCAUGUUAUGGUCAUGGUGUAUUUGUUGAGUAUUGCAUGUCACCUUUGUUAUUAGAAUUAGAUGUUUCCAUCUUUCGCUUUUGUUUUUUCGUUUCUUCCAAAUCCAAAUAUGCGAGAAGGAAGAAUAAUCUUUGUUAUAUUGAGGUUGUAAGGUAGGCUGAAAAUUAAUUGUCUCCUGGCUGUACAUUACAAUGAUGUGACAGCUGUGCAUGACUUUCAGACAUUCUUGAUAAAUAUCCAAUUAGUUCCUUUUGAAACGUGGUGACCACAUUGUCAAAUCGCACAUGGUUAUACGCAAAGUCGGCAGUUUUAGUUCUUCAUCCAUUGAUUUGUUCCAACUGGCAACUUAUUGAUUUUCUGUCAGUUGGUAUCAACAGCUGCCAGUGAGAGGGAUCAAUAUGACAUUCAACACUUUGUCUAGGGUAUAUAUGAUCUAUAAUAAUGAUAAGUGCCUUUGUAAUUGUAACACCUGCAUAAUAUCACUUUCACCUUGGAGAAUCAGUUUCCCAGCUGAUGGAGAAUCUUGCCUUAUCUUCAAGGCAUGCGUUCCAAUUACCAAGGAGCCAUGCAAAAAUUGCAUUUUCCUCCACACAUAUCUUUGUAAUGCAAAUCAUGCUUGAAGAACCUAAACACAAUGUUAUCUUAUUGACAACGUCAAGAGCACAGUUUUUCCAUCAUAAUUGAAAAAUGUCUCCGUUCCCAGGGCAAAUCAGCUCAGCAAGUUGGACAGCCUGCCUAACUCUUCGCAAGCUGGGGAAUUCAUUCUUUUGGGUGACUACGUACAUGUAUGGUCAAAUACUUGAUUACUGCAGUAAGUUACAUGUAUGCUCAAUGAAUGAAUAAUUGUCAAGAAUCAUUAAAAAGCUGGCCAUAAACAACUGCUGAGGUCUGGGUACCUGGACUAUGAGAACAAUUAAUACUCAGGUGCUAAAUGUCCAGGAUGGCCUUUUCCAUCGUUGUCAUGGAAUUUAAUCAAAGUUAUAAGAGUAUUAUUCCGUCAGAUCUAAAAAACCUUUCGAUAUAAGGUCCAUUUUAAAGAAACUGAUCCGCUGUUGACAAUGAAGCUAAGGCAUUUCAAGGCUGGUUUGUCCAAACAUCUUUUUCGUUAAGGUGGAGACAAGUUCAGGUCUGACUCCACUGUAUGAUUUUCCCACCGUGAUUGCCGCAAGUAAACUACACUCUGCCCCAGCAGGUAUCAUCAUUCUUCUAUUUCAAAUUACCUUUGGUGCAGUUACAUGUAGUAAAAACAGCAGUGUAUGACACUGCUGGUACUAGAAGUGUCAAUCACAUCAGUGGGCUGUGCCUAUUUUCUUUUUUUGGGUGGGAAAACACCCUUGUAUGGCCAUGUUUUUAGCAUGGGGAUUAGUUACAGAUUUUGUCAUUGCUUAUAACAGCUAGACAAUAUAACCAACAGUUGGAUCAAGCUCAUAGAUGUAGUGACAUCUAGAAAUAUUGGUGCAAAACAAAGUUUUACUGACCAGGAGCAAUAUCUGGCUGAGGUGUCUAACAUAAUCCCUUCUGUUCUUGUUCAACAUUAUUGUCUGAUGAUAAAUAUUGUUCUGGUCUUUGACCAUGUGAGACUGUUACAUCAUGUUAACCUAUGAAUUUGAAUAAAAUAUUGUUAAGUGUA